AUGGACGUUCCGACUUUCAACUCCGUUCUUCUCACAUUCACUGCGGCGGUCUGUGGUCUCGCCCUGAUUGGACUGCUUUUCCUUUUCCUGUCUAUCCAGUGUUCCUGUUGCAAAAGAAGGACCAGAGCAAGUGAGGCAAGGCACAGUAUCCCUACCGUUCACAUCUCUGUUCACAAUGAUAAGUGAGUUUGUUCACACCCUAAUCCUCUUCAAUCCCCUUUUUAUUUUUGAAAAACUCGAGCAAAGUUUAAUUAAUUAAAUAGGUUGAAACUUAUACCGAGACCUGUUCCGAAAUGGAAGUUCGCUUUGCUUGAGUAUUUGAAGAGAUAGUGAGCUACAAUGUACUGUCGUCUUAACUUACUAAAAAACGCUUUUUUCCAAAUUAGGCCUUUUUAAGGGUUGCUAGCGUUUGCAAAAACUCAGUUUUUAAAACUCAAUUUGAAUAAUCAAACGUUAAGAUUGUGUUUUUCUUCAAAUCUGUUCAUUUUUUCGUACAAAAAACUCGUUAUUAACGUUAAUAACGAGUUCGUUAUAACGAAGAUAUCGCCCAAAACCGCGACUGGUGUGUGCACAUUUUAAACCUACAGUGUGCCAAACUGAGCGUACGGAACAAAUGUGGGCUCUCGAAAUUUCAGCUUUGCGUUUUGUGCUAACUCAUUUAAAACAAUAAAAACGCGGUCUUUCUGGCAGAAAAAAACGUGAAAAGAUGGCUCGGAAUGGGCUAGCUCAAAUAAUGGUCAAUCGCAACAAAAUUUUUGAAACUUUAGAUAUGUAAGUCAAUUUAAAAAAUUAUAAUUAGGGGCGCAAAGCCCCACCCCUUCACGCCACCAAAAUGACGAUUUUUUUGUUGCAAAAAAACGGUUUUUGAGGCGUUUAUACUAGCUAAAGUUCCACUUUAAAAAUAAACUGUUUCAGUUAAUCUAUGUAAUCGACAACGCUCUACAAGACUGAAUAUUUUUAAACUAUGUAUUUUUCAAAAAUAAGCGAAAAAGUAAGAUUUAACACGAAAAAAAACUGACAAGUUUCACAAAAUCCUCGCGUUUCUAAAAACCAAGCGAGGAACGCUUCUUAAUUUAAAGUAUGUUAUAUACUAACAAUUUCUUUAUUUUUCGAGUAAAAAUUUUAAAAGAUCUAACGACGCGAAAAAAAAAAUCUAAGCUUGUAAAGUGACACCAAACUUUGAAGCUGAAAUGCGAAAAAAUUUCAGCGACAUGGUAUACUUUUUAUUUGAUUUAAAAACUCACAAUGUGUUUAAAAAUAUAAAAUUCAGAAUGAAAAUAAUUAUUGGGAGAGCGAAUCAAAUUAUAUUUGAAUUUUACCGAAACCUCCUUUUUUCGUCUGCCUCGUUGACGCAUGAGAGAAUAGGAUCGCGUCUAUACUUUUUGAUUAUGUUAUUAAGCGUUCAAAAACUCUAUCAAUAGAAAAAAAUUAUGAAAAAAAUCGAUCGACGCGAAAAAAAUAACGGUAAAAAAAUUCUGAAAAAUUAUUAUCUUUCUGAAAAAAAUUAUUAUCUUUCUGAAAAAAAUUAUUAUCAUUUGAUUUGGAAAAAAAGAAAAAAAUAAGCUGAAAAAUUCCUUCUGACCUUUUUUUCUAAGUAGUUUUUUUGAUAUUUUAUCAAAAUUUCUUAUGAGGAUUGUACGAAAGAUUCAUACCAAAACAUGAAGCUCAGUUUGGACAACCUCUCAGAACAGAAAACCGAUUUGAAAACGGUUCAGAAAUGCGCAAAAACAUUUAAAAAGAAAGCGUGCGGCAGCGGGGAAACCGUGAGAUUUUGCCUCCAGUUGUACGCCGCGCGCGCUAGUUUUUUCGCCAUAACUUUUUUCUUAGUGGACCUUUUUUCAAAAACUAAACGAAUUAUGAAAAUUGACAGUCUCUUCUAUGGAAUAGUGUGAAAAGCAUAUUUUUGGGAUCGUUUUGAAGAAAUGGCUUGCGGACCCUAAUUAUAAUUCUUUCAGAAUUUCGACCUACCGAGGAAGCAACGACCUGGAAUACAUAGAUUCCUCCUUAAACACCGGCCUUAUAUCUUCUACUGUUAAAGUGAAUAACGUGUCGCCAAAGUCAUAA